AUGAAAAAAAUUACUAAAUGGCUAUGGAAAUGUUGGAAUGAAUUAAUCUUCAAUUCUAAAGUAUGGUCUCCAGGUGUCCUUCACUCAAAGAUAACUGAUGAUCUUGUAGAGUGGCAUCGAUUUAAUCAGAUUCCUACAACAACAACUAGAUGUAUCAGCAUUAGUACUCCUGAUGCGGUAAUUAAGUUUUGGCAACCGUCGUCACCGGAAGAUUGGGUUAAAUGCAAUUAUGAUGUUUCUCACCAUUUAGGUCGUCAAGAAUCAGGAACGGGUUGGAUUAUACAAAAUAAAUAUGGUUAGUUUGACUGUGGAAUGGGCAUAUUUGAAGGUCGAAGUACAAUAGAAGAAGGUGAAUGUACUGCCUUAAUUUGGGCUAUACAGAGCUCUUACUCAUUGGGAUACAAGAAAGUGAUUUUUGAAGGUGAUAAUAUACAAGUCACAAGAUGCUUACAAGCUAAGUUACAAAAAAAUAGAUGCUUACAAGCUACAAAUAUUAACCUACGAUUGGAGAAUUAUCUAAUGACUAUUCCGGUUUAG